AUGAAACAAAUCCAAGAGUCCUCAGAUUUCCUAUCCUCCGACGAACACAACGCCCACGAAAACCAUAAACCCAAAGCACCUCCCGACGGUGGCCUCCAAGCCUGGAUUGGAGGUGUACAGGUCGCCCUGCUCUUUUUCGUUGGAAUAUUCGUCGGUCAUCUCACAGAUGCGGGAUGCUUCCGACCGGUGUUUGCUCUGGGGGUUCUACAUUGGCAACUUAUGCUCGCACAAGCGGUGUGUAUGGGCUUAGGAAAUGGGUGUACUUUUUGCUCUGGUUUGUCAGUUACGUCGUCUUACUUUAGCCGGAAUCGUGCAUUGGCUGUUGGGAUCGCUAUGGCUGGUGCAGCUGUCGGGGGUUUGAUCUAUCCUGUUGUCGGUGGUAGACUCCUAUACCAAGACGCGAUCGGAUUCCUUUGGACAGUCCGUGCCAUGGGAUUUAUUAUGCUUACAACACAAAUCCCAUGUAUCCUAUUAUUCAAACCAUAUCGCCCUCCUCGAACCUCAGGGCCUGUUAUCGACUGGAGCGCCUUCAAAGAGGUCCCCUUCAUUUUCUUCACGACGAGCAUCUCCCUGAAUUUUACCAUGGUACUCAACGAUGUUGGCGUCGUCGGUCGAAUUCUUCCCGGUAUCAUCGGGGACCGGGUCACGGGUAUGCUGAACAUAUUGAUACCACUGAGUUUCGCAGCCAUGUUUGCUGUUGUUCAUGGGGUCAUUGCAGCGGCGUUGCAGUCACUUUUCCCGGCUACGGCAACGACGAUGACCCCAAGUAUUGAGAGGACGGGUACGCGGCUGGGGAUGAUUCUGAGUAUGGUUGGUGUGGCUUCUUUGACUGGGCCUGCUAUUGAGGGUGCUUUGAUUCAGAAAGAUGACGGCGUGUAUCUCUAUGCACAGCUAUUUUCGGCAACUUCGAUUUUGAUAGAUGCUUUGGCAGGCAUGGCAUGUAUGAUUGCGAAGACGGGGUUCAAGCUCAAAGUGAAAGCAUAG